GUUUUUUUUCUUUUGCCAACGUGGACCUCUCUUUCUUGACAUUCGCGCCAUUUUGAUGAGUGCUGAAGCAUUACCUUUUGUUCAUUACUAUUGUGCGUGUCCCGAUCUUGCUGUGAAUGUGGAUGUACGACGAGGACGGAAAGAUGCGGCAUUAGACGACACUUCUUUGGCCCAUGUUUCAGUGAAAGAUACCACUCAAAUGUCACUGCAAGACUUUGACGGUUCGGCAGCAACGACAGUUCAUCGUCUACUUUCGUCGCAAGCCGCCAAUUACCUAUACCCAUUGUCGCGUCUCUACUUUUGUGAAGAUUGCCAUCAAAUACGGUGUCCUUCGUGUGUUCAAGACGAGAUCGUAUCGUACUAUUGUCCGAACUGUCUAUUCGAAGUUCCUACAGCUAGUGUGAAAAGCGAGAAGAACAGAUGUGCUCGCAACUGCUUUCAAUGUCCUAUUUGUCAGAAUAUGCUGUCGGUGAUGGCGUCCCAGGAAUCGCCGCAGUCCGUGGCCUCGGCCGGUCCCUACUUUUUGGCUUGCAACGUUUGCCGCUGGAACUCGCAGGAAAUUGGCAUGACCUUUGAAAAGCCCACCAGUCUAGCACUCCAGCUACAAAAAAACGAAGAAACAUUGCCGGAUGCCAAAGAGUUUGAUCAACUGAAAGAACAUUUCGAAAAGCAUUUAAGGGUCAAUUCGCCGCCUACCUUACCCAGCAACUUUCUUUCCUUUUCCACCUCGGGCGCUUUCAAUAAAAUUAUGGGCAAUCAAUUCGGUGAUCAGGUGCAAAGCGACGACGUGAGUUCCUACGAGCCAUCGGUCCAAGUCCCUGACGAUAGCAUGAAGGUUCUGGAAACGAUCACCACCAUGCGCAGCGUAGAUCCAGUGUCCACGUUACCGCAGCGGUUUGUGCAAGUCCAUGAUCAGCCGUACCAAUUAAAUAAAAUUAAUCCACAACGAGUGCAUUUGUGUAUCAAACAAUCGAAACGAUGCCGUACAUGUCGUCAUAUUCUCAUUAAACCCGAGCAGAAAGCUCAAGCGACACGAUUCAAGAUCAAACUUGUUGCCAUGAAUUAUGUACCGAAUAUUACGCUUGUUAAACUGCCAAAGAAGACGGGUUGGCCCUUGCAACGAGGUAUUCCUACUCAGUUUGUCAUCAAGUUUAUCAAUCCCCUGUACGAAGAAAUGAGUGUGACGCUGGCCACACCUCAAAUCCGAAAAUCAGCCAACGCCGAUCGCACUUCAGAAGACACCGCCACCAAGAUUCAUGGCAAGGUGACCAUUCUUUCACCUCACUUUACAAUUGGCGCUUACAAUGAAACCAUUGAGUAUGACGAUGAGAUGUAUCCCAGUGGUUCCAGUCUUCGUGGUCGUACGACGGGCCCUUUGGGAGGCACCGCUGGUCUGGCAUCAGCGUAUGUGGAUGGCGUUUACGAAAAACGCAAUAAUUAUACCAGCAUUAUUGUGGAAGUGAUACCAGAAAAGACGGGCGAAUUCAAGUUCCCGCUCCUCGUCACCUAUAACUAUAAAUCCGAUGAAGAUCGUAUGGACGCCUCGUCGGCUGAUAUUGAUGAAGACGACGUGGACGAGACAGACGGUAAUAGCCAUACGGCCGAUGGGACUAAGAAAGGUAGCUCCAUACGCAUGGAUGAUGAUCGCAUCAAAAGCUAUUCCUUCUGGUGUCUUAUUGGACUGGGGCAUGUCUCCAGUGAUGCCGAUCAAAAACGGACAGGUGGACAAUAAAAAAAAUUCUUAUGCAAAAACGAU